AUGCCAUCAACACUCACACCUACUAAGCGAACGCCCUCAAAACCGGGAAGUUCAUCUUUGUCUGACGAUGCGCUCGAACUUUGUGAUGCACCGAUGAAACGGCAAAGACCUGCUUCUUUUUCCACAGGAUUGUCACCGGAUCGAAGUGCGCACCGGAAAACACGCGUGCCUCUCUUGCUUGCGAAUGCUUGGCCAAGCAACCUGCUUGACACAACAGAUAGCAUGCAAAAAGAUCCUACUGGUUGGUGGAUUAGUGAGAAGCUUGAUGGCGUGCGUGCAUGGUGGGACGGUCACCAUCUUUGGUCGCGGAAUGGACAAGUAUGGAAUGCUCCACCAUGGUUUUUACACGCUUUGCCACGAGAUAUUGUUCUCGAUGGCGAGCUUUGGAUAGGUCGUGGUCUGUUCGAGUACACAUCCGGUAUUUGCCGUGCUGGGCAUGGCAGUACAUCAGAUGAAUGGCAGAAGGUCAAGUUCAUGGUCUUUGAUGCACCUGAUAAUGCGUCUACGGAACCUGUCGAGCAGCGCUGGGAUCGACUCCGUGUUUUGUUUCCUACGGCACAUCUGGGCCGUACGUCUUCUCUUGAAGGGGGUCACGUAUACAUGGUCGAGCAAGUGGCAUGUGAUGGGCGCGAACACUUGCAAUCCCUGGUGCAACAAGUCUUAUCGGUGGGCGGCGAAGGCGUAAUGCUUCGUGCACCUUUCUCUGUUUAUGAGCGACGUCGUAGCUCCAGCUUAUACAAAUGGAAACCCACGCUCGACGCUGAAGCUCGGAUCGUCGGCUAUGAGGAUGGCCAAAAAGGUAUGGCGGGCUUCGUGGGUUCUUUCGUGUGUGAGUCAUACAAUGAUGAGUAUGCAUCAGAAACACAUCGGUUUCGUGUGGGCUCCGGCCUCACUGACGCAUUACGACGCCAUCCUCCGCCUAUUGGAACAAUUAUUCGAUAUCAAUACGGCGGCAUGGGAUCCCAAGGGCUUCCACGGUUCCCACGCUACGUUGGCAUUCGUUCAGAUAUGUAA